CCGCUCGCCGUGGUACCGCAGACGGAUGUGACGGUACCAUACACGGUAGACGGUACCCGAAAGGCGUACUGUACGGUUCAGAGCCACACACCAACUCAAGUUUCAAACCUCCAAACAGGAAGCGCGUGUACCAGACUAGAAUGCGUGUAUUGCAUGCUCAUCUCUGGUGCCUACCGAGUGGUACCGUACCCCAUUCCGGUUUCCAUUUCAGUGCUUUUCUCUAACUAGAUUCCGGCUUUCAAUUUAUAAUUUUAGUUUUCUGUUUUAGAUUCCGGUCUCCUCGUUUUAAGUUCGGGUUUCUCGUUUUAAGUUUCAGUUUCUCUUUUGCAAUCUUGUCUUUGUAUACGUUUACGUGUCCACGCAGUCUUCGAGGUUUUGGUCAAGUCUACCAGAAAGUGGUCUGUGAGAUUCAUGGACGGAGUCCGCUAAAGUACGUUAAGUAUACAGUCUGGUGAGGGUUGUCAUACAAGGAGUGUGUUCAUUAAUUAAUAUACAUACUAAUAUUAAUUAGAUGUCCAAUCGGUGUGUCAAAAUGUUAAAUACUAGGAGUCCUGAAGAAAAUAUAGAACUGCUUCCAUGGUAACAUGCUAUUACCAAGUGUUAGUGUUUGAAGGUGGCAAGCAUGCACCUAUAGAGUAUAGUUUCCUCGUAGCCAGCUCCUCCCCCUUUGUCAGGCGUUUAGACAAUGUCCUUUUGUGUAAUUAACUGCAGUCAAGUCACAUGAACGACCAUCUAAUAAUCAUCCGAUAUCGCAGGAGUGAUCAUAUUUUUGAAUACAGCCAUUAUGUCAACAUUUCUCUUUUCAAUCUGUUUUGUCUUGCUUUUCUGGCACUCCGUUCUGUCUACAACAGAGACCUUGUCUUUUCAAUCGAGUGAUUACUUGAAGAAUGCAAUCGACACAGAUCCUUUCUUUACAAAACUUUGCAACGAGAAAAGCGCCCGCCUCGUUUUCAAGAGUCCCAAGAAACGACAAGUGAUAGAGGUGGACGACGGACAGGCAUUCAGUCUACCAGUACAGAUUCGACUCAUUUCUAUGUCAGGGAUAUCUCGCAUUGUUACAGACUUAGUCUUGAGAUCCUCGUCAAAAAUCAUCUCACUCGAAGCACAUGCUUUUCCUUCUGACGUGAUUACUUUCUCUAAUCAAUCGCGUUUGCUGCUAAAAUCGACGAGGCCGCUCGAUCGUGAAAAAGAUGGAGAAAUUCUUUCAGUCGACAUCCGGCUAAUUAUGCGAGAUUGUAGUCUGUCUUCAAGGAGAAAGUUUGUCAUCCGUGUGACUGAUGUGAAUGACAAUAUUCCGCAGUUUCAUAACGUUGAUUUUAAGUCCGGAUAUAAGACAUCGAUCAGAGAAGAUGCCACCACUGGCUCUGUUGUCGCGUCCGUUUCCGUUACGGACGGAGAUGCAACUUCACCAAACAAUAUUGUAAAGUUGAAGCCGUUGCCUCCUUACGACAGAGUUUUUGGUUUUAAAGGAAGUGAUCUGAUCUUGACUGAUGCUCGUGCUGUGCGUUAUUUUCACAAGAGCAAGUAUUACGUCAUGAUCGAGGCGGAAGACUGCGGAUUGCCACCGCUGAGUAACAAAAUCGUCAUUGAAGUUGACAUUUCGCCUGUUAGUCAGACCGAAUUGCACAUUGACAACGCCAGAUCACCAUGCCAUCUAAAAGCAGUAGUACACAACGCAAACAAAACACGAUUGUCCGACUUUACGUCCACCAACGGAUACCUAGAGAUAAACAACAUAAUCAGCCGCAACGUCGCAAUCAGCAAGGGUCUAUGGAUUUUGUAUUCGGACAACGAAUUUCGAGGUGAAACCAAGAUCGUACAAAAUGGCGGCGCCAGAGAACCAAACGAGCGCAUUGAGACGGCAGCAUCGUUGCGAGGAUUUUGUCUCCACCAGCCUUUCCUGGCUCUCUUCGAUCAAACAAGUUUCACAGGCAAGAUGACCGUAUUUUCCACCACAAAGAACAAGUUGUUUCUAAAGACAAAAUCAGCUCUAGUGAUGAAGACUUCUUGGGCAAUAUCGACCUUCGGAUUUCUCCGGCCUCACUUGCUGGAGUGCACUAGCGGACACUAUACUAAGUAUCCGUAUUUGCCUAUUGGGCAGGCACUCGUGAUGGCUGUGAAGAGACUUUCGUCGGAUGGAACUGUUGGAUUCAAGAAUUUAUACAAGGAUUAGAGAUAAUGGCGUAAGAGCAUGGGAUUUACUGAAACGAUGUGGCAGACACUUGCAUGCCUUCAGUAACUUAGAGUGUGUCGCAUGCAUACGCAUAGAUUGCAUGCUGCAAGCUAGUCAAUGGUCACUGCUGCACGGUUGUAGCAGAAUGCAAGUUAGUAUUAAAAAAAUAAUUUCUAGUA